AUGGAGGCGGGCAGCGCUGCGGCAACCGAACCGGAGACGGGAGAGGGGGAUGCUUCUUUUGGGGAACUGACCACCAGCAUGGAUAAUGAGUCUUCAAAUGGCAAAGAGGGGAUGGAGGCGGCGGGCGAGGGCUCGGAGAGUGCCGACGCCCUUCCCGGGUCGGGGGACGAGGACAGCGGGCGGCAGCUGGGGGAGGUGGAGCUGCAGUGUGCUUUGUGCAUGAAAUGGUUCACCGCCGACACCUUUGGCAUCGAUACCGCAACCUGCCUCCCGUUCAUGACCAACUACGUGUUCCACUGCAACGUCUGCCACCACAGCGGGAACACCUAUUUCCUCCGGAAACAAGCCAACUUGAAGGAAAUGUGCCUCACGGCCCUGGCAAACCUCACCUGGCGGUCCAGGACCAAAGACGAACACCCGAAAACCAUGUUCUCCAAAGACAAGGACAUCAUUCCUUUCAUCGAUAAAUACUGGGAGUGCAUGACCACCCGGCAGAGACCAGGAAAACUCACCUGGCCCAACAACAUCGUGAAGACAAUGAGCAAAGAGAGGGACGUUUUCCUGGUGAAGGAGCAUCCGGAUCCCGGGAGCAAAGACGCAGAUGAGGAGUACCCCAAAUUUGGACUUCUGGACCAGGACCUGGGAACCAUCGGACCCUCUUACGACUCACAGAAGCAGACCACCACGGCCCCCACAACCGGGGGGCUCAACGGUGCCCUGGCUCCGGGCCCGGGAAAAGGAAGAGGAGCCAAACGCAAACAGCAGCAGCAGGAGGGCACCGCGGCCGGAGCCACCAAGAGAACCCGCAGGUCAGGGGUCAAAGGUUAUUUAGCUGGCUUUAUUCAGGUUAUUUAG